AUGUCGUAUCCACAGCAUCCGUCCCCUGCGGGAGGACCGCAGUACAUGGCGCCAAGUCCUGGCGUCAUUCGUAGUCAGAAUCUGCCUUUCCUCCCCUCGCAGCCUCAUCAGAUGCCACCAUCUGGCCAGUAUCCGCAUCCGCAGCCAGGCUUUCCCUCCCACCAACAACAGCCUUAUCCCGUCAACUCCAACCAGCACAGACCCAUCGCCUCGCUGCCCUUACAUGCUCGCCACAUGCCCGCCCCUCAAACUCCCUCCUCACGUCCACAGCCGGGCGCAGCCAGACCGCACACUGCAAUGUCGAUGCUCCAGCAGCGCCCAGGCUCCGCAAAAGGUCCUCAUGCCUUCGCCGAUCCUUCCGCAUCCUUCAAGCGUCCCAAGAUGGUUGGUGAUGGCUACGAAGCGCCCUACCUUCUGCCUGGCCCCAGCAAUCGCAUUCUUCUCUCGCUCAAGUCUGGUUUGCCUAGUCAGAUAGACUGGGCUCUCUCUCGUCUCGUCCUCCUCACCGCCAAUCACCGUGAUCAAGCAGCGCGCGACUUCACCUUCGACAGCGUCCCUGGCCUCGCCGACGCCCUGCUUUCUUACGUGCGCAGGAUUCAUGCCGCUCUCACUGGCGAGCAUCCUUCUAAGUGGGAUGCCUCCUUCUUCGAGCAGCCCUCAGAAGCUCCCGACGUCGGCAUCGGCGCUCCGGGUGAUGCCGGCCAUCAGGGCACUUCAACGCGUCAAUCUAUUCCUACAAAGCCACCUUCCCACCUCGCCCUCGCCAAGCUCACUUCUCCGUCGUCAGACUCUAUCCUUUCAUUCAAUCCCUCGCAUGAUCCUUCUCAUGUCGUCUUGAUGCGCAGGGCACUCGAGGCCGCUCUAGCACUUCGAAACCUCGCCACCCACAGCUCUAAUGCACGCAGCUUGGCUUCCAUCAAAGGCAUCUAUGCCUUCAUACGUGACCUACUACAACUUCCCAGCACAGCAGUUCAAAUAUUGCAACAAUCGCAGACAGAUUCGGGAUCGGCACACGAAGAUGGGUGGCUUGAAAUCGAGGGGAUUGCCGAACUGCGGCUCUACUUUCUCGACAUUCUCGAAACAUUGGCGCCAAGACUCACGCUGACUCGACGCGCAACAAGCGGUGCAUCAGCGAUCUCUGCUUCUACUACACUCAACCGUCACGAAACCGCUUUGACCACUCCGAGAACGGUAAACGAGGACGCCACUUCUCCGGCAGAUGUCAUCUUCGCGACCCUUCUUUCCCUGGCUCUCCAUACCAACGACCGUUCGUUUUUGAUAGGUUCGUUGCGGUGUCUCGCCACCCUGGCAGCAAACGAACGCAACGAAGCGGCCUUUGUCGAAAUCACGCUUCCUAAUGGACAGCAAUCUCCUGGCCUCCUACAACGUUGCGUCGAGCUGCUACCCUUGACUCAGGACACAGAUCUGCUCGAGGCUGCGCUCGAUUUGCUUUACCAACUUGUCUGCAUUGGCAACAAUGCCAUCAAGGUCGCCACUGCGCUCAAUCUGGAGCCACUCCGCCCCCAUUCGCCUGCAUCUCGAGGAACCAAGGAACGCAACGGCAGCGCCGAUUCCCACUCUGCAAAUGCAAGCAAUGCACGUGCCACCGCCAAGACAGCCGCGCUGGUCCGUCUGCUCUCCCGCAAUCUGCAGCUUGGACGUUCCAUGUGGGAGCGCUCCAUGCCGCUCAAGAUACCUCAGCGAUGGCUCGGCAGCAUUCCGAGUCGUCAGGUUGAGGCAAUGCGAAGGCAACGCGAGCUCCACUUCAGGAUCGCCAACGAGACGCCUCAGGAACGAUCCAAGCGCAAGAGACUUACACGGCAGGAGCGACAGAGUCUGGCCGGGCUACAAGAGCCUGAACGUGGAAUUGCAUGGAUGAAGUUGCUCUUCCAGCGCAACCCGGACAAGGAAGUGACGCAGAUGGAGUUCUGGACCGCCUACAAGGAAGAGUUCCAAGGUGAUGCCGUUGCACUGCAGCCAGCGGCCGAACUGAUCCGUGCGGUCGGCAUUGUAUUCCCGCAAGCAGCUGCCAUGGUGGUGCCCAAGCAGGAUGGCCAACCGCAACGCUUCGUGAUUCGAGGGAUCGAUGUCAAGGAGCGCGACAUUGAUCAACUCGAACCUUUCCGCUGUCGCUGGUCGACGUGUUCCUCGCCCGCGACGAGUACUUUGGAAGCGCAGAAGGGUCACGCCAAGUUGCAUGCACAGUACGCCUCGGACGGUCGUUGCAGAUGGAAAAGCUGUGAUUACGAUGCCAAGAGCGAUAAGACAGCAUCAGAGGAGGAGCAGACGCAAGUGCUGGUUGCCCACGUUCUCACACAUAUCAAGUCGGCGGAUGCUGGGAGAGCUGAUGCCAAACGAGACGGACGCCCAAAAGUGGUGGUUGAUGAUGAUCUACGUGUCGUCUCAAGGGCUGAACACACUGGCGAAGCGGCGAAGCUGAUCACAACGAAGACUGCCAACGGAGCACGAGUUUUGCGCGGCAAGCGAGAUCCGGAUGGCGUCGAGAUCACGUUCACUAUCGACAAGGCUGUCGGUGGCCAGAACGGCGUUGAUGCAAAUGGUGCUAGCAACGGUCAUCUAGCUCCCAGCAACGCGACGCCUUCGAGCGGCACGCUGGACAACCCAGGCACGUACGUAUUUGAUGUGACGCGAACGCCAUCGAGCGGCAACGACGACAACUUGUCACCACAGGGACCUGCGUUCACCUCGAUCUUGAUUCUUCGUAUGCUCGCAAGGCGUGCUGCCUCGCUAUUGCAGAAGGCAGGAUCCAAGCGAAGCAAUCCGAGCGAGGAUGACGAGGUCGCAGCGACGAUCCGUGGGCAGGGCGACGAGAAGUUUGGAUUGCCAUUGCCGGCCAACUUCAGCUCCUCCGACCGCGCCAAGCAAGGGGAGUCUGGGGAUGGAAACGCUCAAGAUGGCGUUGAUGCCGCAGGAUCGAUGAUGUGUACAGAGGAAGACUACGAGACGACUGAGACAUGGGCCGUCGAAGCAGCGACGCGAUUGCUGGACGCUGUAGAAGGUGUCGAAGAAGAUCUUCUGCAUCACUCCUCGCAGAACGACAUCUUGUCCUCCUACAUCAACGAGACUCUGUUGGAACUUUGCCGUCGUCCUGCGGCCUCUUCAAGCCGAGAGAAUUCUAACGGGCAAGUGGAUCCGCAGGUUCUGCGAGACGAAGCCUCGCUACUGUAA